CACAGCUUGCGCUGUCUCGCCCAGUCUCCAUGCUCGUGUGACCUCGAUCCACAACCCGCUACAACUCCACGCAUUGCUCCUGUCUCGGCAGCGCCGCCCACGCCAUCGCCCGCAUUGCCCGCCGCUCCAGCGCGCGUUGUCUGCAGCGGCAGCCAUGAACGUCUUCGACGACCCUGACAACCCGGACGGGGACGCAUGCCGCGGCGACAAGUGGGUCGGGCCUGGGAGGACGGACACGCAGGUGCAGCUGGUCAUCUCGCUGGCCCUGGGGCUCUCAGCCUUUCUGGCUUUCUGCAUCCUCCGCCCGCGAUGGAAGUCCCUCUACGCCGCGCGCAAGCGUCACUCGGACCCCCUGCUACACCUGCCCGCCCUCCCCGACUCGCUCUUCGGAUGGAUUCCCACCCUGUACCACAUCACCGAGCAGCAGGUGCUGUCCUCCGCCGGGCUCGACGCCUACGUCUUCCUGGCCUUCUUCAAGAUGUCCAUGCGCCUGUUUGGCGCCUUGUUCGUUUUCGCCGCCUUCGUGCUCGAGCCCAUCAACCGCCGCUUCGUCGACAGCCGGACGCACGACCCCAGCGGCCCCCAGUCGUUCCUCUUCCGCCAGUACGCGACGUACCGCUCCUACGAGCACGCCUCGCCCUUCGAUGAAUCCGACGGGCCAGACCAAGAUCCCGACAGCAGCUUCAACCGCAAUAUGGGACAUCUGUGGUCGUACCUGGUCUUCACCUACUUCUUCACCGGUCUGACGCUGUACUUUAUGGACCGGGAGACGUCCAAGGUGAUCCAGGUGCGGCAGGACUAUCUGGGAACGCAGUCCACCGUGACCGACCGGACCUUCAGGCUUUCUGGCAUCCCCAGAGAGCUGAGGACGGAGGCGGCCAUCAAGGACCUGGUGGAACGACUCGAGAUUGGCAAGGUCGAGAGCGUCACUCUUUGCCGCAACUGGAGGCAGCUGGACAGGCUGGUGGAGCAGAGGCAGACCGUCCUGGCGAAGCUGGAAAACAGCUGGAGCGCCUACCUCGCCCGCAAGCCGGGAGACCGUGCAGGCGGCGAAUCGAAUGGCGACAGCGGGCUUGGCAACGAUGAGACCGAGGUGCCCGGCGGGCCGGAUGAGGAAGCAGGGGAAAGCGAGCGCCUGCUCAGGGGCAGCAGUGCCCGCCGCUUCGCCGAGCGGGAGCGGCCUCAGACCCGCUUCUGGUACGGCUUCCUCCAUCUGCAGAGCCGCAAGACCGAUGCCAUCGACUACUACUCCGAGAAGCUCCGUCAGCUGGACGACAAAAUUCUUGCCGCCCGGAAGAAGAGCUACGAGCCGGCCGACCUCGCCUUCGUGACCAUGGACUCGAUCGCCGCUUGCCAGAUGGCUAUCCAGGCGCUCAUCGACCCGCACCCGGGCCGCUUGCUGACCAAACCCGCUCCCGCGCCGUCCGACAUCGUGUGGAAGAACACGUACGCGCCGCGCCUGAGCCGCCGCAUCCGGUCUUGGACCGUUACCGUCUUCGUCGCCGUCCUCACGAUCGUGUGGUUGGUCCCCCUCGCCUUCUUGGCUUCCGCCCUCAGCAUCUGCACCAUCGACAAGUUCCUCCCCUCCUUCGGCGAGUGGCUGCGGGCGCACGAGAUCACCCGAUCGCUCGUCCAGACCGGCCUCCCGACCCUCGUGGUGUCCCUCCUCAACAUCGCGGUCCCGUACCUCUACGACUACCUCUCGUACCACCAGGGCAUGCUCUCGCAGGGCGACAUCGCCCUCUCGGCCGUCAGCAAGAACUUCUUCUUUACCUUCUUCAACAUCUUCCUCAUCUUCACCGUCUUCAACGCCGUCACCUCCAUCUUCGACGUCCUGCGCAACUCGCUCAAGGACACCACCUACAUCGCCUACACGCUCGCCCGCAAGAUCGAGGAGCUCUCCGUCUUCUACACCAACUUCAUCAUGCUGCAAGGCCUCGGCCUGUUCCCCUUCCGCCUGCUCGAGUUCGGCAGCGUGGCCCAGUACCCGCUGCUGCGCCUGGCCGCCCGCACCCCGCGCGAGCGCGCCGCCCUGGCCCGCCCGCCCCCGUUCUGCUACGGCUUCUACCUGCCGACCGCCCUGCUCGUCUUCAUCCUCUGCCUCGUCUACUCCGCCCUGCCGGGCGGCUUCCUCGUCCUCGGCCUCGGCCUCGCCUACUUCUCGCUCGGCUACUUCACCUACAAGUACCAGCUGCUCUACGCCAUGGACCAGCCCCAGCACGCCACCGGCGGCGCCUGGCGCAUCGUCUGCUACCGCGUCGUCCUCGGCCUCGUCGUCUUCCAGCUCACCAUGUCCGGCUACCUCGCCCUGCGCAAGGCCUUCACCGUCGCCCUGCUCGUCGCCCCGCUCUUCGUCGCCACCCUGUGGUACGGCUGGGACUUCCGCAAGCGUGUCGAGCCCCUCACGAGGUUCAUCUCGUUAAGGAGCAUCAGGCGCGCCGCCGGACCACCGGAAGGGGGGGAUAGGGAGAGCGAGAGCGCGGUGUCGGAGGAGGGCGGCGUGGCUGGGCCGGAGGAGCGGCGGCGGCGGGGGGUGUUCCGGCGCGGCAGCACGGUGGAUGAGGAUCGGGAGAAGGGGCUGCGGUUUGUGAACCCGAGUUUGGUGAUGCCCCUCGAACAGCCGUGGAUAUACCAGGACCCGCCGCCGCCGCUGGUCGAGUCCGAGGUCGACGAGGUCGCUGCCCCUCCGGGAUUUGACGGCCCAGAAAGCAGCGGUCGUGGAUAUGAGACGCCGCCUCGCGGGGCGCCAGGCGCUAGCAGCAACUCAUCGAGCUCGGUCAGCCUGGGUGAUACCCAUGUAUGGCGGGACUGACGGUCCAUACAUCAUAGCAUGUUGUUCUAGGGAUGGAGUGGCUGGUUAGUGUCUGUUCCGUUCCGAUUGCGCGGCACAGGUUGGGCGGCACAUUCCUUGUCUCGUCCAUCGCCGUGGUGUUCCGUAGGGGGCUCUGGUUUGGCUGGGUAAGGAUGUUUCACAUCAUUGCUGGUGGUUGGGCGGGUGCAUGGCUGUCUCAGAGGCGUUGGAAAGAUACCAGUACGUAUGAUAAUGCAUAAUGCUCGUGGAUAGGAUACAUGUGUAUGUAGUAACACGCCGGGGGAUGCUCGAGGUGUCAUGAACGGAGAUUACUCCGCGCAACACCCGUCCUUUGACUUACUCUUCGUUGAGGACCAGCUGUGGUCUCCUGUACCGGAUGCUCUUUCUGCUCCAGCCCCGGGGUCUGGAAGUUCUGCAGUGCCAAGGUCUUACACAGCCAUAGGACAACGGUUCAUCUGCUAGUCGGCCUGCCAGGCCCAUCGUCCUGGACGAGUCCCCUUCCUGUCACAGGCACACCACCGACAGC